AUGCUCAUCUCCAUCAGCAGCAGAGUUGCAUUUCUUUUCGGAAAAGAUCUCAAGAAUGAAGCAUCUCAAGUAGUUGUUGACUUAUUUAGAUUUGCUUUCAUUUUCGGUCUCAUUAUUGCAGGAACUCUUCUUCCAUUCGUUCCAAUGGUUACAAAAUGGAUCUCUGGUUCCGAUGACGUUGCCCGUGAAGCUUUCAAAUAUGAAAUUCCACUUCUUGGUUUCUCUUUUAUCCAAAUCAUUUUCUUACUUGGUACAGGCAUUCUCCAAGGUGAAGGCAGAUCAUGGCUUGCUGGAAUGUUCCAGAUCUUAUCCCUUUGCAUGAUUAUGUUUGUUUUUGAUCCACUUUUCCUUGUUUACUUCAAGAUGGGUGUUUGGGGUGCAUCUCUUGCCACAGUUAUCGCCCAAACAAUUGUAGCAACAAUCAUUUUCAUCUACAUCUUUUCAGGAAAGUUCUCAUUGAAAUUCCAUUUCCAGUUGUUCUUCAACAAGCCAUCUCCACAUUCAUACGAUGCUCUCAAAGUUGGCGGUGGUGCUUUCAUGCUCUAUCUCUCAAGCGCUAUUCCAGGUUUUGUUAUGCAGAAAUACAUUACCUUAACAGCCGCUGCAAUCAAUGAAGUUACACCAGUUUUAGCCUUACUUGAUACAUUUAACAGACUUUACGAACUCGGCAUUUCAAUUACUUAUGCUUUUGAUGCUUCAUUCCUCCCAUCAGCAUCAUAUGCUUACGGCAAACGCCAAUAUCGCCGUAUCCACAAACUUGCUGGCCAUACUCUUUGGAUUUCUGUUGUUCCAUCAAUGAUUUAUUCUGCAAUUGUUUCAGCAAUUCCAAAGAAGAUUGCCUCGUUCUGGUCUACUGAUGAAAGAUACCUCUACUGGGCACAACAGCUCUUCCCAAUUGGCUACUUAACACUUUGCACAUGGCCAAUUUCCUCAACUUUUUUGACAUAUCUUGAAUCUACAGAUUAUCCACUCCGUGCAACAAUCUCCUCUGUAAUCACAUCGAUUACUCCACUUCCUCUUAUUUCCACAAUUAUAUAUUUCUCGAAGAGAAACAAUCUCUAA